AUGAAGUUCUUCGCCAUCCCCACCGUCCUCCUCUCGGCCCAGCUCGCGCUCGCGGCGCCCCUGGAGCAGCGCGCCGACAAGCGCGACGACGCGCCGUCGCCCGAGUCCUUCCGGGAGGCGAUCAGCGCCAAGAAGACGAUCGGGCGCGACCAAACCAUCUUCUACACGGGGGGCGGGUGCGCGGCGCGGUCGUGCAUCUCGUACAAAAAGGACCACGGGCUCAUCAAGAUCCAGGACGUCGAGGUGCUCGACGUCAACGACCCGAGCAAGUACGAGGACGACGACGUGUACCAGAAGGCGGUCAACAACUGGAGCAAGGCGUUCGCGCAGCUGUCGAGCGGCGUGGCGUGGGUCAUGUUCCGCGACGGCAACAAGAUCGACGAGAGCAGGGGCAGCGUGUGGAACAAGGAGGAGUGGCCGGCGCUCAAGGACAACGACGACGUCGAGGAGAUUAUCCAGAUCGACGGGACCGACGUCAGCAAGAUCCAGCAGAUCUGGCCGGUGGAGAUCCGCAAGGAGGAGGGCACGUGUGCCUGGUACGGGACUGCGCCGCUGUGCAACGCCCAGUGCCCGGAUGGUUACGACAAGAAGGCGGAGAGCAGGUAUGGGUCGGACACGACUGCUUGCACGUCGGGCAAGAAGUUGUACUGCUGCAAGAAGGAUUGA